CGCCCCGCUCGGGACCGCAGACGGCGCCCGGCAGCGACGCAAGCGGCCGCGGGGAAGUUGGCUCCGGCUCGGAGCUCACCGCGAGUUCCCGCGCAGGGCGCAGCCGGACAAGAACCCACGGCCUCGGCGGCGCUGGAGGAUGUGGCCGCGGCCCGGGACGGCAGCAGCGGCCCGCCUGACGCCCUGCAGGUCAGAAGUUGAGUAGCUGGGGCCCCGGAGGGCUUGAAGCCUUUUCACAGUGAUGGCGGAGAAGCGUCCACGGGGCACCCUGGGGCCUAUGAUGUACAGCAAGCUGCCCCGUCUAGAGGUCGACUCAGGACCCAGGCACAGCCUGGGCCCCUCUGCUGCUAACCAGGACCCCUGUAAUUACAAGGGUGCCUACUUCUCCUGCUCCAUGGGGGGUGUUCCCCAAACAGGGUCUGGACAGUUGGCCUCCUGGACCCCGUACCCAACCUUGUAUCCUACCAGCGUAGCAGGACCCCCACUUCGGGAAGACAGCCUGUUGACCAGUUGCCUGCUCUAUCGCCCACCAGCAGGAAGCUCUGAGAAGGUGCAGGACUCUGGCCCUGUUGAGCUCCUGCCCUUUAGUCCCCAGACUCAUUCCUACUCAAGCCCACCACUGGCGGCACCCAAACCUGUCUAUCGCAGCCCUCUGUGUUAUGGACUCUCAACUUGCCUGGGGGAAGGAGCAGCAAAGAGGUCACUGGAUGUUGAUUGGACACUGGUGACUGGGGCCCUAUUACCCCCAGCCAACCCCCAUUGUUCUCUGACUCUGGCUUCUGGCAAGGGCCAGUCCCUGGAUGGUACCUUCUUACAUGGGGUGCCAGUUGGGGGAUCUGGCAAAGACUCCUCAGGGAGUUUUUCCCCUCGCCAGGCAUUCCUGGACAAGUAUCAGACCAGUCACAGCACAGGCUUCCUAGCCUCCAAGUAUGCAGGUUCUUACUCUGGGGACCCCAAGCAGGGAUUGUCCGAGGGACUCCCCAAUCCUUGGACCCAGUUGGCUCAACCCCUCCGCCCAGCCUAUCAGGAUACAGUGCCCUCCCCCUACCCACUGCCCCACCCUCCACAGGCUCUGUCUUGCCCUCCAGCCUGUCACUAUCCAGAGAAGCAGAGCAGCUACAGCUCAGUGCCCCCAUCGCAGCCUCUGGGAGCGCACAAGGGAGUUGGGUACCUAACUGGUGGGCUGAAUAGCCCCUACCUGAGGCAGCAGACAGCCCAGACACCUUGUAUGCCCCCAGUGGGGCCGGACAUUUAUUCCUACCCCUCUGUCCCCCUCCCAGUUCCCUCACCAGGCCUCAAGCUGGAGCCACCUCUCACUCCACGGUGCCCACUAGACUUUGCCUCCCAGACACCGGGCUUUCCUUAUGCACGGGAUGACCUCUCUUUCUAUGGAACAUCCCCGGGGCUCAGAGGGGCAUUGCCUUCCCAGAACAGUGUUCAGGCUAUGCCACAGCCCAGUGCCUUCCAGCGAACAUUCCAGCCCUUGCCUGCCAGUCAGCCGUGCCCAGAGCCUGUGAGGCCUGUAGAGAAGCCAGUGCAGGAAGCUGAGGAGACCAUCUGGCUGCCCAGCUGCAGGAAAGAACAGCUCAAUGAGCACCCCGGGGCACCCAUUGUUAUUGGAGAUAGUCCAGAUCCCCGCACCCCACCAGCACUCCCCCACUGUGGCCAAGAGCACCCAUCUCUUCCACAGAACCAGGACACACUGCCCCCUGGCUCUCCACCCAUGCCCAUUAUUGACAAUGUCUUCAGCCUGGCCCCCUACCGUGACUAUCUGGAUGUGCAGACACCUGAGGCUACACCUGAGCCUGACCCAGCCCCCAAGGGCAGCCAUGACAAAGACUCCAGGAGAACCUUGUCUACCCAGGAGGCCCCUUUGGGGGUGCAUUGCCCACUUAGGGAAGAAGUAGCACUGGACUUAAGUGUGAAGAAGCCCAUGACAGAGCCUCUUCCUAUCAAGGUCCCUAGUCCUAGGGUGCACUCCAAGCUCCCAGUAGCUGUGGGUGUGUCAGGUGUGGGGAACACAGUCUCCAAGCUCCCUGGGGUGUCAACAACUACAGAGACCACCCCAAAAACCAACUUCCACAGUUCCGUGGCCUUCAUGUUCCGAAAAUUCAAGAUCCUCCGGCCAGCACCCUUGUCUGCAACCAUGGUCCCAUCUGUGCCCACCUCGGUCCCUGCCUCUGACCAGCCUGUACCCACCUCUACAUCUGUGCCCACUGGACUACAGAUUCUCAAACAGCCCUUGCCCGUGGCCUGCUUUGACCUGGCACUGUCCAGUCUUCCAGGUAUAUCUGUGGUCGGCCCAGCACCUACUCUGUCUCCAUCACCUGCUCCAGCUCGGGCCCCGACUCCAGCUACUUCCCCUGUCACAGUGGAUUCCCCAGAGCAACACUUUGCAGGACUGCAUGAGUCCCUGUGUGAUGCCAUCUCAGGCUCAGUGGCUCACUCCCCACCCGAGAAGCUGCGUGAAUGGCUUGAGAUGGCUGGGCCUUGGGGCCGGGCAGCAUGGCAGGAUGGGCAGGCUGUGCAGGGGCUGUUGGGCAAGCUGCUCUCCCAGUUGCAGCGCUUCGUGUGCACGCAGCAGUGCCCCUUCCCCCACGUGGUGCGGGCCGGCGCCAUCUUUGUGCCCAUCCACCUGGUGAAGGAGCGGCUCUUCCCGGGGCUGCCGCCCGCCUCUGUGGACCACGUGCUACAGGAGCACCGCGUGGAGCUCCGGCCCACCACGCUGUCGGAGGAGAGGGCGCUGCGGGAGCGAGCCCUGCGCGGCUGCACCUCACGCAUGCUGAAGUUGCUGGCACUGCGCCAGCUGCCUGAAAUAUACCCUGACCUGCUGGGCCUGCAGUGGCGCAACUGUGUACGCCGCCAGUUGGUGUUCAGCAUAUCCAGUGUUAGGUCAUGGCAGCCCAGAAUCUUCAAGGAAGUGUCACCAGUAGGGGGUCCUCCAUGUCCCCACUGGUUACCUGUGGAAGUGUGCUUCUUGGGAUGCCGCUGGAAUAAGAAUUUCCAGAUGCCCCCACGGGAGGAUAAGGCCACAAGUUUUGUCUGGAAAACACAUUUCCCUGUGUUUCAAGAGCUCUGCUUAAACCUUGUUGGAAGGGUUUUAGCACUCACACAGUCAGCCUUGUAACGGAGCUGUUUAGCUUGGAGGAGGCUCAGGUGCAACUCUCUUUGGUCCUCCCAAAUGUGGGUUCAUCUGACACCAGGUGCACUCGUGGGGGAGUGAGUGCCAUGUUUGCCUUGGCCCCCAAGAUCGGCCCCCUGGGCCUGUCUCCAGAAAGGGCUGGUAAUGGCAUGGCCAAAGCAACCAGCGAUUGGAAGAGUCUGAGAAUUACAGUGAAACUGACAUCAGAACAGACAGGCCCAGAUUGAGUUAGUGCCUCCUGCUUCUUCCCUGCUCAUCAAAGCUCUCAAAGAACUAUGGAGAGUUAGAAAGAAGCAAAAAAAAUUAAGCACAGUGGAAAUAUCACUUUUAAUGAGAUAAUCAACAUUGCCCAACAGAUGCAGCACUGAUCUUUAGCUAGAGAACUCUCUGGAACCAUUAAAGAGAUCCUGGGGACUGCCCAGUCUGUGGGCUUCAAUGUUGAUGGCCACCACCCUCAUGACAUCAAAGAUAACAUCAACAGUGUUGCAGUGGAAUGCCUGGCUAGUUAAGAUCUACAAAGUAGGAGAAACCAAGAUGGUAGCAUAGAUAAACACCAGAAAUUGCUGCCUCCCACAACAACUUCAAAAUACAACGAAAAGACAAAACGGGCAUCAUCCAGAACUACAGGAAGGCUGGCUGAGUGGAAAUUCUACAACUAGAAGGAAAAAGAAAAGCACACUGAGAGGCAGAGGAGGUGCGGAAGUAAAGUGCAGAGGUACAAAGGGUUGAGCGCACGCACGGAAAGGGGCUGGCACCUGAGGAUGCGGCUGUCUUUUUGAAUCGGGAGGGAGUGACAAGUUCCUGACUGCUCUGAACUCUGGUUCCGGGAAGUCUCUGGGGACCCAGUACUCAUACAGGGAGAAACUGGACUGUCUGGCAUCGGGCAGAACUCGGAACUUGAGGGCGGCUUUCCCUCAGAGGUGCUUGCAGCAAUUACCGGGACACUGAGAUACGGGGCACCUUAGGGCAGGGCUGAGGAUCUGCCAUAGCUGCUUGCUCUGCCCUUUGGUUCCCUGAGACCCCACCCCGCCCAGGCUGCAGCAGAGGCUUUUGCAUAUGAAUGCCCUGGCCCUUUGCAACCUGAAAAUUACCUAACAAAUUGCAGCUGGGCCAGACAGAC